CCCCUGCGACUUGUCCGCCUCCGCCUCCUCUCCAACUUCUCGCUUCCCUCUCUUAUAUAUAUUUCCAACCGUUGGAAGGAACAAGAACACGAAGGGAACGAUGGGAACUAGUCUCGUGAUCCGGUCACCGCCUUCGUCCUCCACCUCGUGGAGCCUGAGCUCCAGAGCCCACCCGCGCGGCCUCGCGCCGCGGCCUUCGCCGUCGCCGGGGUCCUCCUCUCGCUCCCUCGCCCCGAAUCCCGAGGCCGCUGCCCGAGCCUUCCGGCCGCUGGUGAUGGCCUGGCGGCGCGGCCAUGCUGGAGGGAUGGAGCGCCGCCGGAAAGAUGACGACGGCAAGGAGGAGAUCUUGGAGGAGGAGGUCGUGCGGACGCUGUUGAUCGACAACUACGACAGCUACACCUACAACAUAUAUCAAGAACUCUCGGUUGUUAAUGGCGUGCCUCCUGUGGUGGUUCAUAAUGAUGAAUGGACAUGGGAACACAUAUACCAUUGCCUGUAUAUUGAGAAGGCUUUCGAUAAUAUUGUCAUAUCUCCUGGACCAGGAUCUCCAACAUGUCCUAAAGAUGUAGGAAUAUGCCUUAAAAUACUUAGUGAGUGCAAGGAUAUUCCAAUCUUGGGUGUUUGUCUUGGCCACCAGGCCUUGGGAUUUGUACAUGGUGCUCAAAUUGUCCAUGCCCCCGAACCAAUUCAUGGACGCCUCAGUGAAAUUGAUCACACAGGAUGUGAUCUUUUCAAAGCAAUUCCAUCAGGAAUAAAUUCUGGUUUUAAGGUUGUGAGGUAUCAUUCACUUGUAAUCGAUGCAGACUCACUUCCUGAGGAACUUAUUCCCAUAGCAUGGGCUACUUCUGUGCAUACACUUUCUUUUCUGGGAACCCAACAAUCUGAUAUUAUCCCUAAUGCUUUUGGGGAUAAAUCAACUCUACAACCAGUAGGUCUUUUAGAUGGCAAGAUAAAGGGUAAAGGAUUAUCCACUAUUAACAACAAUGCUAAUGACUUAAAGAGCACAAAAGUACUUAUGGGGGUCAUGCACUCUAAUCAGCCUCAUUAUGGUGUACAGGUAUCCUGUAUUAACUUGCCCUGGUUUUUAACAUCUGAUCUUCAUUCAAAUUUGUCAUCUAAUUGUUUUUUUGGCAUUCAGUUUCAUCCUGAGAGUAUUGCUACUUCUCAUGGAAGGCAAAUAUUUAAGAACUUCAAAAAGAUGACAAUUGACUAUGGGUUGAGGAUGUCACUGCUUCAUGAAAGAAAGGUGUCUCAUGCAUGUCAAUCAUCAGAAUUUCCCAGGUGCAAGAUAUUAAAUAAAAAAGCAGACAUGACCCACAGCUUAGACAUGUGCAAAACUUCAAUUCUUGCAUUUAAAAGCAUGGCGGUAAAGUAUUUAAGAAUGCAAUGGAAGAAGAUUGAUGGCUUAGCAAGUCAGGUAGGUGGGUCAGAAAACAUUUUCUGUCAGCUGUUUGGAGAUGAACAUGCUGAAGACACAUUUUGGUUAGAUAGCUCCUCAAAAGAUCAGAGCAGGGCACGCUUUUCUUUCAUGGGUGGUAAAGGGGGAUCUUUAUGGAAGCAAAUAACAUUUAGGCUUUCUGAUCAAAUAUCUGAACAUACCCUCCGUGGAGUUGGACACAAAAGCAGUAAAAUAACAAACAAUUUUGGAGGUUACUUAUCAAUUCAAGAUGGUUAUGGGUCAGUGCAAACAACAUUUCUCAGAGAUGGUUUAUUUGAUUUUCUGAACAAGGAAUUACAAUCAUUUCGUUAUGACAAGAAGGAUUAUGAAGGGUUGCCAUUUGACUUCUGUGGUGGAUUCAUUGGCUUCAUCGGGUACAAUCUUAAAGUUGAAUGUGGCGCAUCAUCUAACAGCCACAAAUCAACAACUCCAGAUGCUUGCUUCUUCUUUGCUGAUAACCUUGUAGUGAUUGAUCAUUGGAAUGGAGAUGUAUACAUUCUGUCCCUAUAUGAGACACAUAGUUCCCAUACUAAAAUGGGAUCAUGUGAAAACUUGAAAGAGAUAUCAUGGAUAGUUGAAACUGAGAAGAGGCUUCUCAGAUUAAAAGCUAAGGCUACUAAAAAGCUCAACAUACAGAAGUCAUCGUCUAGACCUUCUAACCCGAAUAAGGAUAAUUUUGUUGUUGAUAAAUCAAAGAAUCAAUAUAUUGAAGACAUUGAGAAGUGUCUGAAGUUCAUUAGGGAUGGAGAAAGUUAUGAAUUGUGUUUAACAACACAAAUGAGAAUGAGGGUGGACAAAAUAAAUGCCUUGAGACUCUAUAUUAAUCUAAGAGAUCAAAAUCCAGCUCCAUAUGCUGCCUGGCUGAAUUUUACCAACGAAAAUCUAUGCAUCUGCUGUUCAUCUCCCGAAAGGUUUCUGCGAUUGGAUGGGAAUGAUAUACUGGAGGCAAAGCCUAUUAAGGGUACUAUAACUCGUGGUCGAACACCUGAGGAAGAUGAACAUCUCAGAUUACAACUGCAAUACAGUGAAAAAGACCAGGCUGAAAAUUUGAUGAUCGUAGAUCUUCUAAGGAAUGAUCUUGGUCGGGUAUGUGAACCUGGCAGCGUUCAUGUGCCUCGUCUAAUGGGGGUGGAGUCAUAUGCAACUGUUCACACUUUGGUCAGUACUAUCCAGGGGAAGAAGAAAUCAAAUGUAAGCCCUAUUGAUUGUGUUAGAGCUGCCUUUCCAGGCGGCUCGAUGACUGGAGCACCAAAGCUAAGAUCAAUGGAGCUUCUAGAUUCUCUAGAGAGCUGCUCAAGAGGUGUCUACUCAGGAUCCAUUGGAUUCUUCUCAUACAAUCAGACGUUUGAUCUGAACAUAGUAAUUAGGACUGCUGUUAUACACAAGGGAGAAGCUUCAGUAGGAGCUGGUGGGGCAAUCGUGGCAUUAUCAAACACAGAAGAUGAGUAUGCUGAAAUGAUGUUAAAAGCAAAGGCCCCAACGAAGGUUGUUGAAGAAUGCACCAGUGAAUUGGAUUUUUGUGACAGCUCAUUCAAGACGGUCGCAUGACGUGGUGCUGGGGCAUAAUACAACUAUCACAAGAUAUCUUACAUUCAAUAAGUGUUAGCAAGUAUUUAAUUGAUUCUUUUCCCUGUUUCUGUAUUAAUAUCCCUGAUUUGGGAGUGUUGCACGGUGGUAAUAACCGAUUACGGAAGGCGCUGAGGAUGCUUUAUAGCUUUUUGUUUUUGUAUUAAUGUCCUGAUUGGGAGUCUUACAUGGUGGUAAUAACUGAAUACGGGAGGCAUCUUUAUUGCUUUGAUACCGAUUAGUGUAACUAUAUGUUGUUUUGAGAAGCUGAUGGAAAAUUUCGUGCAGCGUACAUUUGUUAUAA